CACUGAACUUAUAUUUUUUAAUCUUGACAGUUUUUCCCGGAUAAACUUGCAAAAAUCGAUUUUAUGGUUGUUUUCUAUUAUAGUUUCGACAUUAAUGAAUAUCGAAAUUUAAUCCACGUUUCAGGAGAGUUGAGUGCUAAUUAGUAUAUGAGAAAAUGUCGAAGCGGCCGGCCUCUGAAGUCUUUGACGACGAAGGACCGAAACAACCAGUGAGGGAGGGAAAAAAACACUCAUUGGAUUCUGACGAGGAAGAUAAUGGGGCAGAAGAGGAAAGGAACAAUGUGAUGAAUGCAGACGAUAUUGAAGGAGAAGAAGAAGGAGUUGGGGGAAUUGAAGGUGAAAUUACUAUAACUCCAUUUAAUAUGAAGGAAGAGCUGGAGGAAGGACAUUUUGAUGCACAAGGACAUUAUCAAUGGAAAAAACAGACAGAAAUAAAAGAUGGCUGGUUAGAUAACAUAGAUUGGGUGAAAGUCAAGGGCCGACCUGAAGACAAGUACAAAAUUCACAAAAGUGAAGACAACAAAGGACUGGGCGAUGAAUCCAGCAGUGAAGAUGAAGAGAUUAAUGAGAAAUUUGAUUUGAUAGAAAAUUACAAAGAAAUUUUACAACAUAUGAAACCACGAGAAACCAUUGCUAAGGCUUUGCAGAGAUUAGGUGCAAGUUCAAAAAUUUCUUCUGCAGAGCGUUGGAAAAGGAAAAAAGCAGGAAUUAUUGAUGAAAACAGCAAAAUUGUUACAAGAAUAACAGAACUUGCUAAUCAAAUCUACAAAAUGGGUAAUAUGGACAUUUAUCAAGAGAACUAUGAAAAAAUUAAUGGCAUUGUCUCUAAAGCUAGUAAUGAAGAUGCCGAUUUAGAUAUGUAUGCAGAUGACUUUGAUCAGAAAGAAAAGCAAAAUCUAGAAUCUAAAUCAGACCCAACUCCAUUUGAAACUAAAACUGAGGAGAAGAAUACCAAUGAAGUCAAAUGGGAGUUUAAAUGGAGUCAAAAUGAUGACGAUGUAUCAGGACCGCAUUCCACAGAACAAAUGAAUAAGUGGGCUUCAGAAGGCUACUUUAAAUCUGGUGUAUGGGUGAAAAAGCAAGGAGAAGACAGUCAAUUUUACAAUUCCAACAGAAUUGAUUUUGAAUUAUACAUGUAGUCUUCCUUUACAAAAUAUUGUAUAAAUAAUCUACAAUUGUAUGUUUUAUUUUUA